AUGCCCAGAUGGCGGUCAUUCAAUUGGAAACCGGUUAUGUGGAUGGGUAUCGGCGCGGUCGGGACCAAUCUGAUCGCCCGAUAUUGCAUUUCCCGAGUCUUCUCCGACACAGGAACUUCUAUUACUAUCCCGUGUGCGCCACAACAACCCACGCUGCCUAUGCCAACCGACACCAACCUGUGCUCUUGCCCGAGUACAAUAAGGUGCGUGUCAGACAAACUUUUAGACACUUGCUCAAGUUUGUUAAGAAAGGCAGCCCAUGGAGUAAAGACCGGUAUUGCGAAAGCCUGGAGCCGAUCUUCCAGAAGGAAUUUUGAAGAGGAACUAGGGGAAUUAGAGAUUUGUCAAUUGAAUCUCAGUAGCCUUACGAGCAUUAAGAAGUGUGCGCAGCGUUUAUUAACAAGUGAAUCGACUAUUCAUAUAUUAAUUAACAAUGCAGGAGUAUUUUUGCAUCCAUUUGAAAAAACUGAAGAUGGUUUCGAGACACAUUUUCAAGUUAAUUAUUUAGGGCAUUUUCUGUUAACACUUUUGUUGUUACCAAAAAUACAAAAAUCUGCACCUGAUUCUAAAAUAAUUAACGUUUCAUCUUUAAUACACAAAUACGGCGAUAUACACUUUGAGGAUUUAAAUUUGGAGCGCCAUUAUUCUCCUGUUAAAGCUUACAGUCAAAGUAAGCUGGCUAAUAUAUUAUUUACUAAGGAAUUGGACAGAAAAUUAAAAACAGCUGGAAUUCACGAUAUAAAUGUGUAUUCUCUACAUCCUGGUGUAGUAAAAACGGAAUUGGCUCGACACGUAGAUACAACUGUUUUUUGGGGUGCAAGGUUACUUUUCAGAAUGUUUAGUCCAUUUAUAAAAUCUGCGAAAGGAGGUGCUCAAACGACUAUACACUGUGCUGUAGAUGAAAAUGCAGCGAAAGAAAGCGGUCUAUAUUAUGAGAACUGCAGAGUGGUAAGAUCCUCGCAAAAUACUUAUAAUCCAGAAUUAGCAAAGCAAUUAUGGAAACGUAGCUGCGAAUUGCUUUCUUUACCACCUGAGGCGGAACUUGAAGAAUUAUUAGAAGCCAUGAAUAACGAAGAAGUUGGAUCAUAA